UUUUUAUAUCCACAGACUGGGGAGAAGGCAGAGGUAAUACUGAAAGAAGGUGCUGCAUAGGUCGUCUAUGAGUAGGCCUAUGCUACUGGCUUGCAUUAGAAUUCAUAGCACCAUCUAGCAACCGAGGGUGGCAGUAGAACCCACUUACCACCAGACGGAAUUUUCGUAAACACAAAAGAAGAAGAGGCUCAACUCGUCUUCAAGAUGGCGACUCCCUAUGUGACAGAUGAAUCGGGCAAAUACAUUGCUGCCACGCAGAGGCCGGACGGUACCUGGCGAAAACCUCGGAAGGUGAAGGAUGGAUACGUCCCCCAGGAAGAAGUCCCAGUGUACGAGAACAAGUAUGUGAAGUUCUUCAAAAGCAAGCCAGACCUCCCUCCUGGCAUGAGCGCUGAGGAUGCGCAACCGACCAAGCAGCAGCAGCAGCAACAGCAGGCAGCCAAAGGACAGGGGGAUGCCGACGGGGGCAUGUCCAAGAAUGCCAAGCGCAACAUGAAACGCCGGGAGAAGCGUAAGCAGCAACAGCAGCAAGGAGGAGAACCAGGAGAAGGAGGAGAGCAGGACGUGGAAGAGAUCACAGACGGAACGGAGAACCUUCAGAUUGCCACAGAGAACACUACCAGCGCCACCACCACCACCAGCAGCAGCAGCAACAGUAGCAACGCCGAAAGUGCAGCCGCAGAGAAAGCCAAGAAGGUGAAGAACCUGAAGAAGAAGCUGAGGCAGAUCGAGGAGCUUCAGCAGAAGGUGGAUUCAGGGGAGAUCAAGACCAUUAGCCAGGAGCAGAAGGAGAAGCUGGGACGGGCGGACGCCCUACGCAAGGAACUCCAGCAGCUGGAAGACUCGUAAAAAAAGUUCUCCAAAAAGGGAUGAUGUGAUGGUGGGGGACACAGGUAAGGGGGUGUAUGUAUUGUGUGUGAAUAUGAUGUGAAACUGGUGGGACUUUGGGUGGAGUAUUAUGGACCUCUGACCACAUUGUUAAAACUCAAAAACACCAGUUGUACACACGCAAGAAGCUCCACUGCUGUGCCCCCCUCCUGUAACGUUUCUGCUCAUCCAUCUGAACAAUUUGCCCUGGGAUGUGUGAGCCAAGCAGAGCCCUGUCCCAUGUACUGACUGUGUCACCAUGCAGCUAUAUGACCUCCUCAACCCCACCUUACCAUCCCAUGGCUACUGAACAUUUCCAUAUAUUUUUUUUCCAUUUUAAAAUGGCUGUAGAAAUGUUUACCACUUCAGACCUUUUCGCAAUGUAGAUAAAAGUGGCUGUGAUAUAUUGGACUGGGCCAUACCAGGUAAUCUAUUUUAUCCUCCAACCAACUUUAUUCCAUAUUGUGCUUUUUUAAAAACCCUUAGUAGAAAAAAAAAUGACAAACCCACACAUGCUGUAGAUGGUUUGGUACAUUUAUAUACUGUAUACGCUGAUAUGUAGAAAUGACAGUGUCAGAUAUCGAUCUGCAACUGGACCCUCGUUUCAGAGAUAGGCAUAGAAAUGUCCUCCUUCUGUCGUUGUCCAUCAGCUGGUGUAAUACCUGUAUUGUUUGAUAUAAAAGUGAUCAAUUAAAAAUGUCUUUACAUGCGUUUAGUUUAAUAGUGAACUACAUUUUUGGUGAGCUUAUUUUAUUAUGUCUGAAUGAAAUAAAAACUGAACCCAUACAGCA